UCUCUCCCUCUCCAGCAGUAGCUACAUGUGCAGAGCGCGACAGCAAGGAAAGCAGUUCAGGGCAUGAGCCAAAGGCGCACACACCCACCAGCCGAGACUGCAUAAUUCAACGGAUCCUCUGCUAUACGCUUGUCUGGGGCACGGACUCACAGCAGCUCACACAGAUCAACUUCCAGGAAAGGUCCUACACUCUCACAUUUAGUCCCUUCAGUGGGCUGAAGUUGAGGCUCUCGCACAGCUAAGCCAGUGACUCACCCCGUCUGCACCUCUUGCUGAGCUAGCAUUACCAUGGCAACCCCAGGCCAAAGGCGUUCCGGUCGCGGUACUACCUCCAUCUCUCCAGCCCGCCUCACCCGGCUGCAGGAGAAAGAGGAGCUGGGCAACCUCAAUGACCGGCUGGCGCAGUACAUCGACAAGGUGCGCUUCCUGGAGGCGGAGAAUGCUGGGCUGCGGUUGCGCAUCACUGAGACCGAGACCUUGACCGAACAAAAUCAGACAGGGAUAAAGGCGGCCUAUGAGACGGAGCUGGCCGACGCCCGCAAGACCCUGGACCAGGUGGCCAGGGAGCGAGCACGCCUGCAGCUGGAGCUGAGCAAGAUCAGGGACGAGCACAAGGAACUCAAAGCCAGGAACGCUAAGAAGGAGUCGGACCUGGAGGCCGCUCUGGUCAGGCUGAGGGACCUGGAGGCUCUGCUCAACUCUAAAGAUGCUUCCCUCAACACCAUCCUGGGGGAGAAGCGAGCCCUGGAGGUGGAGGUGAAGGACCUCAAGGCCCAAGUGGCAAAGUUGGACGGCAGUUUAGCCGAUGCCAAGAGGCAACUGCAGGAUGAGAUGCUGCGGAGAGUGGACGCAGAGAACCGCCUGCAGACCCUGAAGGAGGAACUGGAGUUCCAGAAGACUGUCCACAAAGAGGAAUUGUCUCAGCUCAAGAGCCAUUCCAAAGAGACAGUGGAGGUAGACUCCAGGCAGCUGGACUUUGACAGCAAGCUGGCCGAGGCUCUGGCUGAGAUGAGAGCUCAGCACGACGACCAGGUCCGCCUCUACAAGACGGAGCUGGAGAGGACCUUCAACUCCAAGCUGAAAGACGCCCGUCAGUCCGCCGACGCGAACAGUCACCUAGUGGGAGCCGCCAAUGAAGAGCUGCAUCAGAGCCGGGUUCGACUGGAGGGCAUGUCGGCCCAGCUCAGCGAGCUGCAGAGAAAGCUGUUGGCCAGCGAGGCCAAGGUUCAGGAGCUGGAGGAGUCGAUGUCGCGGGAGCGGGACCUGAUGUGGCGGCGGCUGGAGGCUAAAGAGCGGGAGAUGGCCGAGGUCCGAGCCCAGAUGCAGCAGCAGCUGGACGAGUACCAGGAGCUGUUGGACAUCAAACUGGCCCUGGACAUGGAGAUCAGUGCUUACAGGAAGCUGCUGGAGGGCGAGGAGGAGAGGCUUCACCUGUCCCCCAGCCCUACGCCCGUCAAAGUCACCGUGACUCGGACCUCUGACUCGACUGUCGGCCACAGCAGCCGCGUGCUGCAGUCCGCCGCCUCCGGCUCUGGCUCCGGCUCCAGCAGCCGCGUGCUGCAGUCCGCCGCCGCCGCCUCCAGCAGCCGCAACUCCUCGGGCAUGAGCACCAGCAAGAAGCGGCGCCGCGACAACGACAGCGAGACCUCCAGCACGGUGGGGGGCACUGUGACCAAGACUCGCAUUAGCCAGCAUGCCUCGGCCAGCGGGCGCAUCACCGUGGACGACGUCGACCUGGAGGGAAACUACGUCCGUCUGAGCAACAAGGCUGACGAGGACCAAUUGCUGGGCAACUGGCAGGUGAAGAAACAAGUCGGGAAUGCCUUCCCCAUCGUCUACAAGUUUCCCCACAAGUUCGCCCUGAAGGCUGGAGCCACCGUGACUAUCUGGGCUGCAUCUGGCGGUGGAACCCACAACCCUCCCACUGACCUGGUGUGGAAGAGCCAGGACUCCUGGGGCACCGGCAACCAAGUGCAGACCAGCCUCCUCAGCGCCGACGGAGAGGAAAUGGCCAUGAGGAAAGUGACGCGUACCCUCUUUCAAGAGGGGGAGGACGACGAUGACGACGACAUGGGAGCUCACAGCACGAGCGGCGUAGAAAACGAGUACAACCUGCGCAGUCGCACGGUGAUCUGCGACUCCUGUGGGCAGCCGGACCGUGGCGGCGGUUGUGGCGGUUUAUCUGAAGGCCUGCUGGGACAUUCCUCCAUCAUGGGCACCAACGAACCCAGACAGGGCCGUAUGAACCCGAAGAACUGCCCUGUCAUGUAAAAACCAGACAGCACCUCGUCACCUGAACCCACCUCCUCCUGUCACCCAGUCAAGAGAAACAAUUUUUCUAGCAUUUUUAUGUUUUUUAUAUGACCGUGUCUUGUUUUGUACUCAAUCUGCAGGUUGGAUUUACUACGAGGUUUUGGCAGAGGGCACAGGAUUUUCAUAUUUAGCUUUUGUAUUUCCAAGUUAUGUUAUUGCAUGUGUGCUGACGCGCGUACUGUACUUUAUUCUGCUUGCACUCUCUCUCAGACACAUUGACCAGUCCAUUGACCAGCGCUUGUGCUUUAACCGAGGUUUCACAUUUAAUGGCCUGGCUGUCAACACUCAACACGCACACCUUGUGAACCCUGUCAGGAAUACAGCCAUACAGCCAAGAGCAGGAGGGCGAAUCCUGUGGGGCACGAUAAUCAAACACAUCUCCUCACAUGUAGGGUUUACAAUUAGAAUAGAUUGGCCUUGUUUUAGGAGCCAUAUUUGCAUGCUACAGCAAAGUGUCCAAAGAAAACCAAAGGAACAAAAUCUCAGGUUUUUUUUUUCCUUAGCCUGAAACAAACAUUUUCGUUGUGGGAUUUAGAGGAUGCUGUCGGGCAGCUGUGGUGCACACAGAGAAAAUAAUUAUUGAGAUGAAUAUAUUCACAGCUCGCACCAGAGGCAAGUAUUUGGUUCUUUUUUUGAGAAUAUAUACAAAUAAGGAAUUAUUGUUUGCUGGAUAAGUUGAAUAAUUAACAAAGUGCUUCUUUAAAUGUGCUGCCUUAUUUGUUUUUUUUUUUAAUUCUUGAGGUUUGAAAAACAUAAUCUGUUUUGUAACUGGGGGUAUAUUAUGAAUAUAUUUAUGCUGAUAAAUUUGGUGCAUCUGUAGAGGUUGAAUUUUCUCAUCUAGUUCAAGUGCAAAACUGCAUUUUUUUUUUUUUUUUUUAAAUACAGGUUGAAAUUACAAAUGUGCCUUCAGAGGACAGAGCAAGCAUCAUGUGCUUCGUCCUCCGAUUUGUGUUGCUCCUAAAAACUGGUCAUAAGGGCUUUUAUUUUUCUUUCUGUUCAGCUUUUCUAGCAUGAUUUUGGGAUUUGAGCAGGAUUGUGGGGUUUGUACAACUUUGUGACUUUGGCUUCACACGCUGCUUUAAGCGAGGGCCUCGCCGGCUAUGCACAGCAGGUAGAUUUGUACUGUAGUGUGGCAGCUUCAGUCAUUUAUACUCCAGUGAAACGCAUAUCAAAGCAUUUACUGAAAAUACUUGAUAGCUGUUGUAGUAUUUUUUUUGUUUGUUUUUUUUUUUCUAUUGUGCUUCAUAGAUGGCAUUUUUGCCAAGUUAGAUUCUUUAUUUGAGCAGUUUUGACAUUAUGAUCCCCAAAGUGCCUUUAAAAGCCAGUGACAAACCAAAGAGAAAUGGCCUAUGUGGCACUGAUUUAUCUAAUAUCUAAAUCACAAGAUAUAAUUAUUGUACAUAGCUGUGCAAUAUAUGCACAAUUGAAUCCUCCCACUAAGAACAGUUAGUUACAGGGUGUGUUCAGGGUGUUUCAGGGGCUUUUAUGAAUGAUUAUAAAUUACUACACACUGCAGAAAAUGCUAACAGACUCCUGCUCAAACUGCAGAUAUGCAAACUUUUAAAGGCCUUUGUAAACUCCUAAGCCCUCCCUGUUUCUAGUCUUGGUGGAGGUCUCACAAAUCAUUUGAAGGACGACACCCAAAACCAUUAAUGCCAAAGCUGUAAAAGUGGGGUUUGUGUCAAAUCAUGAUGCUAUUCACAUUAUGGGGGAAAAAGCCAUGCAAUAAGUGGAUGUAAUUGUUUUGUUUAAUUUUUUCUAAAACAAUGCUGAGUAAAAUUUAUUUUUUCCAGUGA